AGGCAACAAGCCAUCCUGUCACGAUUUCCGUUCCAUAAAAAUACCAAAAAACUCACUCUACGCAACGUCAUCGAGUUUUCUUUCCUAACAGCCGCUUUUCAUCGUGAUGUGGCAGGGCACAAGAUACUGAAAUUUUUGUUGGUAGUUGAUAAAAGGUUACAAAUAAGCAACUUUGACACGUGUUAAGAGUUUUUCAAUUAGUAAAUGUAUAAAUUUUUUUAGAGUUAAUGUAUAGAUUUUUUUAAAAAUAGAUCUUAUUUGAUAAUUUAUUAUAGAAACGAUCAAGAAACAUCAAAAUGGGAAUUAAGUUUUUGGAGGUUAUAAAGCCAUUCUGUGGCAUUUUACCUGAAGUAGCUAAACCUGAAAGAAAAAUUCAGUUUCGAGAAAAAGUUCUAUGGACUGCCAUAACCUUAUUUAUUUUUCUUGUGUGUUGUCAGAUUCCUUUGUUUGGAAUCAUGUCAUCAGAUUCUGCAGAUCCUUUUUAUUGGAUGCGUGUUAUUCUAGCUUCAAAUAGAGGUACACUAAUGGAACUUGGUAUAUCACCCAUUGUAACAUCUGGUCUUAUUAUGCAACUUCUGGCUGGUGCAAAAAUAAUCGAAGUCGGUGACACUCCUAAAGAUAGAGCCUUAUUUAAUGGAGCUCAGAAAUUAUUUGGUAUGGUAAUCACAAUUGGACAAGCCAUUGUGUAUGUGAUGACUGGAAUGUAUGGUGAUCCUGCUGAUAUUGGUGCUGGUGUUUGUAUUCUGAUCAUUAUCCAGUUAUUUGUUGCUGGCUUAAUUGUCUUGUUGCUUGAUGAGUUGUUGCAGAAAGGAUAUGGAUUAGGUUCUGGAAUCUCCUUAUUUAUUGCCACAAAUAUCUGUGAGACAAUUGUCUGGAAGGCUUUCAGUCCUGCCACUGUAAAUACUGGAAGAGGAACUGAAUUUGAAGGUGCUAUCAUUGCCUUAUUUCACCUUCUUGCAACCCGUACAGAUAAAGUAAGAGCUCUGAGAGAAGCAUUUUACCGUCAGAAUCUACCUAACUUGAUGAAUUUGUUAGCAACAGUCCUAGUUUUUGCGAUAGUAAUAUAUUUCCAGGGUUUCAGAGUAGACUUACCAAUCAAAUCAGCACGUUAUCGAGGACAGUACAGUUCCUACCCCAUUAAGUUGUUUUACACUUCUAACAUUCCAAUUAUUCUCCAAUCUGCACUUGUUUCAAAUCUCUAUGUAAUAUCCCAGAUGCUUGCUGUCAAAUUUAGUGGAAACUUCCUAGUUAACCUAUUAGGAGUCUGGGCAGAUGUUGGUGGAGCUGGGCCUGCCAGAGCGUAUCCUAUUGGAGGUUUGUGUUAUUACUUAUCUCCACCAGAGAACUUAGCACAUAUUUUGGAAGACCCUGUUCAUGCAGUGCUUUACAUAGUUUUCAUGUUGGGCUCAUGUGCAUUCUUCUCCAAGACCUGGAUUGAAGUAUCUGGAUCUAGUGCAAAAGAUGUUGCCAAAACUUUGAAAGAACAGCAAAUGGUAAUGAGAGGCCACAGAGAAAAAUCAAUGAUUCAUGAAUUGAAUCGAUACAUUCCAACUGCAGCUGCCUUUGGAGGAUUAUGUAUUGGUGCACUAUCUGUUCUUGCAGAUUUUCUUGGCGCCAUUGGAAGUGGUACUGGUAUUUUACUAGCCGUCACCAUCAUUUACCAAUACUUUGAAAUCUUUGUAAAGGAGCAGAGUGAAAUGGGAGGAAUGAGCACGUUACUUUUCUAAAUUGAACUUUAUAUUAAAAUCAUAUUUCAUUAGAAACAGUACAUGCUGUACCUUUCAUCUCACACGAAGAAGAAUAAAAAACAAUGAAAGUGUUGUCUUCUUUCAAUAACGAAAUCUCUCUUGUUGAAUCAUGUUUUUAUAUAAAUGCUUUUGACCCAA